AUGAUCUGCGCGGCUACAUGCGGCGAUCGACUGAAUCGGCUUCGGCUUGGAGCUGAUGGUGAUUCCUUCUACGUGAGGAUCAAUGUCGAUCGGAACAGUGAAAAUAAGGAUGAACUUGACAUAAAAGCGGGUGAAAUAGUGUUUGUCGAUAACACAAUGUUCAUGGGACAACGGGGCAAGUGGCGAGCAUGGAAGGUGGACCGUGAGGGUCGACAACGUGAAAACGGAAUCAUUCCGUCGGCUACUCAUAUGGAACGCAGCGAUUUGAGGGGCAAGAAAGCCAAGAAUCGCAUGACUCUGACGCGACCAAUCUACGAACGUGUCGAGCGAGUUUCAUCAUCAAAACGACGACCGAUUGUGCUUUUUGGACCACUUCUUACUCCAUUCAUUCAAACGCUACUCGACGACUCGAGCAAGUAA